GCGUCAUUUCUCCCCCACAGGAGAGGACUCUGCUAUCUCGGCAGAGGUUGAAAUAAGGGCGUCGUCGGCUGGAUAAUACGAAUGAAGAUCGGCCAUGUUAAAAGUAGAAGCCAUGCCAAAGUCAGAUGGUAAAUCCUCACUACUAUAAUAUCUCUUUCUGCUAUCUCUAGUAUAAUUUUUGCUUUUGUUACUUUUUUCCGCUUCCAGCUCUUUAGACAGCUGGGACAUCAAACAGAGGACGAUAUACGAUCCUUUUAUUUGCUAUUUGGUUUGCUCUGUUACUGUUCUAUUCGUUUAGCUGCUUCACGCAUUCCUCUCCCGAUUACCUACAUCACCCGAACUCUGCAAUGAACUACGCCAUCGGCAUCAUCAUCGUCGUCCUCUUCGUUCUCACUACUAUAACCUUCAUCUGCUACUUAAUUUUCUCUCGUUCCACCGCUGCCCCACUGCUUCAGCCCGCACAGAACACUGAGACUAGGCUCAACGACACCACCCUCGAAUCCUUGCCUCUUCUCACCUACGCCGAAGCCAAACGUCUGGAUCCGCGGGCUGCCACCACCGACAGCUGCUCAAUAUGCCUUGGCGACUAUAAUGAGGAGGAGGAGGAAGGGGAAGAUCUGCCAUUGAAGCUUUUACCUGAUUGCGGUCAUUUAUAUCACGCCGUAUGUUUGGAUUCCUGGCUGCUGCAACAUCGGACUUGUCCGUUAUGUCGGUCGUCGGUGAUGAAUGUUGCCACACAGACGCCUUUGGCCGAUGCGAUUCCUCUUCCGCUUGAAAUUGACCAGGCGUAGGUGUUGAUGUAUCUAUAGUUUAUUCAAUCCCAUUGGUUUCGUCAUAGUCCUUUAUAAUGUUAAAAAUUAAGAAUUACGAGCUGCCGAAUAAUUACUCCCUGGUCUUCGGGUCUUCUAGAUAGGGCUGCAAAUUAAUAGUCGAGUAUGCGAGUGUUGAUGUUUGAGUUCAUUUAUUAUAAAUUUGUUCAAGUUCGAUUCGUGUUUGAUUCGAGCCUUAUUGUUUGUGUUCAUGUUUGAUCUAUUUAGUGUUUAUCGAGCUUUAAACA